AUGAAAACUUAUGCCAUAGUUCUUAUUGUUUUGGGCUCUGUAGCUGCUGGAAUUCUAACCUUAUGUUGUUUAUGGAGUAUUGGACGUAAAAAGAAGCAGCUGCCUGCAACAUCACAGGCUAGGCCGAGUGCUCCACGGCCACCUUCGGAUUAUGAUGUUGAGAAGGGUCAAACUGCAAAAACUGGUGCCAUGAGAGAUGGGGGAAUGGCUAUUUUGGGAGCAACAGCAGCAGUUGCAGCUGCCACUAUUGCAGCAGAAGCCACGGUCGGAGGUGGUUGUGGAGGUGGAGGUGAUAGUGGCACAGGAGGCGGAGAUGGCGGUGGGGGUGGUUGUGGUGGUGGUGGUGGUUGUGGGGGAGGCUGUGGUGGCUGA